AUGAUAACGAGUACCAAGAAGAAGAAAUAUACCGAUCAAAUAGGUGUGGCUAUUGAUAUGGGAAACUCUCAAAUUAAAGUUGCUAUGGCCAUUCCUACUUCAAAAGAUUAUGAUGAGAUGGAUUUUCAAGAACUGGUACAAAUACUUCCGAUCAAUGAACUAUUAGAAGAUUCUCCGAAUCAGGUUGGAUUGAACUCGAAUGAUUCAAAAUUCAUUUCGUCCUUUAGCAUGCCAAAUGUCAUUGCCUUUCCGGGUCUGGAAGAAGGAACAUUUACUGCUGAUGCUACCACUGAUUUCGAACCAAACACUUUUCUUAAAUCAUUCAUCAUUGGCGAUCAAGUUCUUCAACAUGAAUUCUUUUCACAAUCCCAAACAAAUUCCAGCACUCAACAAGUUAAUGUGACACCACCUCUUAAUCCACAUCAUAUCAUUUACGAUUUAAAGAAAUUUUUUCUUCCUUCAACAGCACCAUCAUCAAACGAUGCCAACAAUGAAACUUCAUGUUCCUCCUCAACAUGGACUUUCAAUGUCAUUCCUUCAAUAAGUUCAAAAUUGGAAUUACCUCGAAUUCAAAUUCAUUCCAAGACAUUUACUCCUCCCGAAAUUCUGAGUCGCGUUUAUUCACGCAUUCAUACCUUACUUGACAAAUAUUUACAACAACAACAAGAGGAACCCAUACACAAUCCUGAACUCCGAUUAAUUCUCUCCAUUUGGAGCUGCUGCACGGAACGACAAGCUUGGAAAGACAGUGCCACAAUCUCUGGUUUCAAUGUCAUGAGAUGCAUGAACGAAUCAACAUGUGCAUGUCUCGCGUAUGGAUUACACCAACUUUCUGAAAUCUCAAGAAUCCUCGUUUUGGAUUGGGGAAGUGAUUUCAAAUGCAGUGACAUGAUGUCAGAGGAUUAUAUUCUUGAGAUUUUGAAUUCAGCGUCAUAUUCAGAGUUUGGAGGAGAGGCCAUUGUGAACCUAUUAAUGGAGAAAUGUCAAGAACGAAUGCAGAAAGAGUGGAAGAGAAACUCGAUUCAUGAAGAUCCUAGAGCAUUUCUGAGAUUACGAAAUGCGUGUGAACAAGCCAUUAUCGAACUUUCAAAUAAGGAAACAAACUCUGAAAUUAACAAAACAGGAGACAAUGAAAGAACCACUUCUCUUCAUACCAUCCGUCUUAACAACUUGAUGCAUGGUUUAGAUUUUGAAUGGACUCUCUCAUCUUCUGAUUUCGAAGACAUAUUGAUUCAUUCACAACUCAUUGACAAGGCACUUUUCAAAGUCCAACAAUUCAUUCAAUCGACACCAGGAUUUACACAAACCGAUCAUCCAAAUACUUUCCGUCACGUUGUUUUAUGUGGAGGAUGUAUGCAAAUUGCAGCUGUGAAAAAAAAGGUGUUGGAAUUUCUGUCGAAUAAUUCCAAUUUCCAUCCAUUGUCAACCAUUCAUGAUUCCAUUCAUCCUCAACAAGUUGUGGUGCGAGGAGCAAUGAUUCAAUCUCUCAUGUUGACCAGUCCGAAACGUUCACGAGAUUUCAAUUGUUUAAUUUCAUAUAUUCUUCCAUUAUCCAUUGGUGUUGAAGCUUCCAAUGGUUUGAUGCAAGUUGUAAUUCCAAGAAAUACAUGUUAUCCAUGUCGAAAGCAGUCAAUUUUACAACAAGUACAAGUACAAGAGGGAAAUGUGAUUCGAAUUCGUGUAUUUGAAGGUGAGAGAGUCAUGUGUCGAGAUAAUCAUGAAUUGGGACAAGUCGUGUUAGAGAAUAUUCCUGCAUUGGUUGGAGACAAGAUUGAUGUGACAAUAUCCAUGUGCCAUGAUUUAGAUGACAACUUGGAAGUGACUGCUCAUGCAUUAGGUAUUCAAAAAUCACUCCACAUCAACGAACAAUCCACAAGAUUAAGCGAGGAAGAAAUUUAUGAAAUGGUUGAGCUCGCUGAAAAGUUGAAGGCCGAUGAUGAGAUCUUGAAACAAAAAUUACAAGCACAACAUGCCUUAGAGCAGUGUGUGUUUGAAAUGAGACAAUUUCUAGAGACUUUGAAUCAACACGACGAGCAACAACAGGUCACGGAGGAAAAUAGAACUGCUGUGAAAAUGGCAUGUGCACAAGCUGUUGCGUUUAUUGCGAAUCACCCCGAAGCCUCGAAAGCAGAGAUUGAACAUGCUCAGCAACAAUUCCAAGAACAGUGCAAAACUCUUGUUCAACAAUAUCCUUUCGUACGCCCAUCAAACAACUCUGAGCAGCAACGACCAACAACCAAACCAACAUUCGAUCUUGAUGUGGACUAG